GAGCAGUCGAAAGCUUCGUGAGCUUAAAACCCUUUGAAUUAGGUCUCUUUUUUCGUUCGUACUCACCCAUAUCUCUCUCCCUUUCUGUGUUAUCUCUAUCCUUUCUCUUAUCAUUCUUCCACAAACAAACCAACCUGCACUUCGAUUUUUUUGGAGAAUCCGCCAUAAAUAUAACACCCUUUGGAGGUUGGUUCGAUUAAUCUACGUCAACAAAAGAUGGCAUCGUCAUCACCUAAUGUUUGGGUUUUGCUGGGUUUGAGUUUGGCCGGAAUACUGUUAAUGGCGAAGAAGCUUAAGAAAGUCGUCAAAGUUGACUUUGGUGCAUUCGUGGAGAGGUUUCAGAUACUACCUCCGCCGCAGCCGGCUCCUCCGAAAGCGCCUCACCCGCUCACUGGCCUCUCCUUUGCCGUCUCCGACCUAUUCGAUAUAAAUGGGUUUGUAACCGGGUUCGGCAGUCCAGAUUGGGAAAGCACACAUGAAGCUGCUUCACAGACGUCUCCUGUUGUUUCAGCUCUUGUAGAUGGAGGAGCCACAUGCGUUGGAAAAACUGUGGUGGAUGAACUGUCAUUUGGUAUCAGUGGAGAAAAUAGACAUUGUGGUACAGCCACCAAUCCUGUUGCUCCUUCAAGGAUACCAGGAGGAUCAUGUAGUGGUGCUGCUGUAGCUGUUGCUGCAAAGCUUGUUGAUUUCUCUUUGGGUGUUGAUACUGUUGGUGGGGUGAGGCAACCUGCUGGACAUUGUGGCAUCCUUGGAUUUCGGCCAUCAUAUGGUUCUGUUCUUCAUUCAGGGAUCGUUCCUGUUUCCACAGGCUUUGACACUGUUGGAUGGUUUGCCAUGGAUCCCAGUAUAUUACGCCGUGUAGGACAAGUCCUGCUACAAGUGCCAUUAACAGUUCAACAUAAUCCCAGGAAUGUUAUCAUUGCUGAUGACUGUUUUAAAUUAUCAAAAAUUCCCAUUGACCGGUUGACCCAGGUAGUAAUUAAAUCAACAGAGACUCUAUUUGGAAAACAAGUUUUGAAGCAUGAGAAUCUUGAUAAUUACAUUGCUUCUAAAGUUCCAAGCUUGAAAGCACUUGAUUCCAAGAAGUCAAAUGGUGAUGUUAAGUUCUCUUCUCUAAGGUCGCUUGCCAACAUUAUGCAGUUACUAAGAAGGCAUGAAUUCAGCCAUACUCACUCUGAAUGGAUUAGCUCAGUGAAACCAGCUUUAGAUCCUCUUAUCUCAGCUCAGAUACAGGGGAAGCUUGAAUUAACAGAGAAAGAUAUUGAAAAUUUCCGCACUGUUAAAAGUGAGCUCAGAUCCGCCUUAAAUGCCCUUUUGAAGGACGAUGGAGUUCUUGUGAUCCCUACAGUUUGCAGCCCUCCUCCUAAACUCGGUGCCAAGGAACUUUCAUCUGAAGAAUAUCUCAUGAAUGAGUUUUCACUCACCGGUUUAGCAAGCAUGUCAGGCUGCUGCCAGGCCACUGUACCUUUGGGAAUGUAUGAAAAGUGCCCUGUUUCAGUGUCUUUGAUAGCAAGAUAUGGGGGCGAUCGUUUUCUACUGGAAACCAUUCAGACCAUGCAUGCAUCUUUAAAGCAGAAGGCUGAUGAAGCUGGAAACUCAAAAUCAUCUGCUGAUGUUGUCACCAAGGAAGCCUCUGCUGAAAUUGCUAAAGAAAAGGGCAAUGAAGCUUUCAAAGCAAAAAAUUGGCAGAGGGCCAUUGGGUUUUAUACUGAUGCCAUCAAACUCAACAGCAAAAUUGCAACAUAUUUUAGUAACCGAGCUGCAGCACAUUUGGAAUUGCGAAGUUUCAUUCAAGCUGAAGCAGAUUGUACCAAAGCCAUCGAUCUAGAUAAAAAGAAUGUAAAGGCGUAUCUAAGGAGAGGCACAGCAAGGGAGAUGCUUGGAUAUUAUAAAGAGGCAAUUGAAGAUUUUAGGUAUGCACUUGUUCUUGAGCCAACCAAUAAAAGAGCAGCAAUGUCUGCUGACAGAGCGCCUUACAACCGUCAACAAUCUCGGCUACUUCAGUCGAUCCUUUCUGUUUCAAAAAAAAAAGUCUUCGUCUCCCUCUCCACCACCGGUCUGCUUUCUCUGUUAACCACCGUUGUUGGUGGAAACCAGUGCGCCUUACAAUCGCCAACAAUCUCUCAAAAUUCCCGUGAAUUGGUACUUAGCAGAUUCAAAAUGAAACCAUUCACCUGCUUACAAUCUAAACCUAGAAAACCUCUCCGGGAAAGGAGUGUUGUUGCUCCAUUUGAUCUAGAGGGCCCGUUAUGGUUGCUUCUUGCGGUUUUAGUAUGGACAUGUUAUGAAAAAAGCUUGUUGGAGUGUGAAGCAGAAUACUUAAUGGUUGAGUUUGUUUCAAAUCCUGAUAUUGAUGAGAAGCCUCAUGUACUUCUUCGGGAUGCUCCUGAAAAAGAGUCGCAGGGUUGGCAUGUGCAUUAUUACUUCUAUUCUUUAAAGCGGUUAUGCACUAUAAAAAGAAUCAGUCUAUGUUCAUAUUGCAAGUCAAGAUAUAGCUCCUCGGAUUUGAAGACAGGAUUCACUGACACUAUUGAUGUGACCAUUCAUUCCCAGUUGCUCAAUUUUGGAAGUUUAGACAUGGAGUAUUUACGAAAAAUGAUGGAGUUUUCAUACGAAAGGCAUAACAAAUGUUAUGGGUGA